AUGCUGGCAACACCAUCCCGCCUCGCUCGCCGGAACGGCUUCUCUGCUGAGGUCGCGGCGAUGCGUCAAGGUCCGGCUUUGAACCUGCCUCUCGCGAGGAUCGGGCCGCGCGGGUACUCUAUUGGCGCCGCUUUGGGACUCUCCAUCAUCUCGGCAGGCCCUUUGAGAUCUGUGCUCUCGACUCGCACUGCGACACCUGCGAGAGGCCUGGCCAGUUCUUCCUCGCCGUCAGUCGGAGCGGACGGCACAGUCACACUGCCCUCUGCCCUGAUCGAGCAAACGUCCUCCUAUCCUCUGGUGCCUCUAGAUCUCAAGCUCGAACCCGACGAGCGGCUGGGCUUCUUGUACUUUGAUACCAUGUUCCCAAUCGAACUCAACGUCACGGACCCACGGCGAUAUUUGGUCAGCGUCCAAGGAGAGGCGCUACUACAAAGACUGCAGAACAGUCUGCCUGCUUCUGAGGAAGUGGGCUACGCCUUCAGCAUUGUCGGCGUCGAGUCUAGGUGAGCUGGGAGGAUGUAUCGAGAGCUUGUACUCAAGAUUUUGCUGGAUUAUAGAUUGACACUCCUUUCCCGCCUGGACCGGUCUAUGAAGAGCAAAAGAUGGAGGAGCUUUUCUCAGCUUCAAGUACAAGGCGUCUGGCGAAGAUGAGGCAAAAGUGCUGAACAUCAUAGAGACGCGACUCAAGCAGGGAGUCAAGUCAGUGUACGCUCCCAGCAUGCUACUCGUGGCUUCUUGGGCGCGGCCACCUUCCGUCCAUGUGGUACGAGGUCAGCCUUGGAGGGAGGAUCUCGCUCGAUUUCCGGCGCGUCAGAUCCGCAUCGAGUUUGAAGGCGGGCCGGCCCCCGACGAGCAGACACUCUGGGAGACGUUGAGACCCUACGGAAGGCUGCUCAGCCUCAAAGUCGACAAGAAAGAGGGAUCCGCCAUUGCUGGCUUCUCGACCAUGAGAGGAGCAACGAGCGCUAGGAAUUGCGCACAUGGAGCAACUUUGAGCAGCGGGGCGAAGCUGAUCAUCAAUUAUCAGCCCGCAUUCCGCGCUCACAAGGCGUGGGAAUGGAUUUCUAGUCAUCCGCGUAUCGUGCUACCUUUCCUCGCGCUUACACUUGGCACGAUCACGUACUCCGUCUUCAACCCUGUCAGGGAAUUUUUCGUUGAGCGGGAACUGGACGGGUCGUUCCGAUUGGAAGACUAUCGGCUAUACACGUGGUUGAAGACCAAUACUCUCGAGCUAUUCAAUCGCUGCGAAGGUGCGGAAGGUGGUAACGCGUGGUGGGAACGUGGCAAGUCGGUCGAAGAGAUCAGAGGCUGGCUGCGAGAGACUCCUUCGACAUUUAUCACUAUCGCAGGUCCUCGAGGGUCGGGCAAGCAUCAAUUGCUGGACGGUGUGCUUACGAAGGAGGUAUCGCACUUGCGGAUCAACUGCGAAGCUAUUGCCAGGGCGGCAAAGACGGACUCGGCCCUGAUAGGGGCUCUAGCAAACGAGCUGGGCUAUUGGCCAGUCUUCAGCUGGAUCAGCUCCGUAAACAACCUGAUCGAUAUCGGAGCACAGGGUCUCAUAGGCAGCAAGGAACCCAUCUUUGCCACGCCUGUGGAUGCACAGCUGAGGCAGGUCUUGGAGACGGCUACAGCAGCUUUGAUGCACACCAACUCGAACAAACAAAAAGCUAAAGCAAAGGAAGAGAAACGUCGAUUGGCCAAGAAAGUGUCACCGGACGAGCAGAGCAAAGUGCAGCAGACCGCAUCCUCGGACGGCGAGUUUGAUGCUCCUGUAGUGAGUGGCUGCCGAAUGUCUCCGCAGAUAGACACCACUGCUGACUGUCCGAGCUCUGCAUCGCUAGAUCGUUCUUGACGGCUUCUGCCACAAGGGACUCAAGAACGAGAUGGUGUGGGAUGUGCUUGCUGCUUGGAGCGCGGAGUUGACGCAGGUACGUCACGUCAAUCCUUCGGUGCUCGAAAGACUUCUUUUGCGCUCGAUCAUUGACUCGUGCAUGCCUUGCGUCCCAGUCCCACAUUGCUCACGUCAUCUUCGUCAGCGACAACCCCGUCGCGCAAGGCAAGACAUUGGGGCGCGCCUUGCCGAAUGUCCCAUUCCAAUCUGUGGUUUUGGCGGAUGCAGACCAAGAAAGAGCGCAAGAGUACGUUCGCAAGAAGCUCGAAGCUCUGCAGCUUGCCACUCCUAGUCCUGCUCCGGACACACCGGGCUAUUCGCCCGCUGUCAGAGGCGCGGAGCUAGAUCAGGCGACCGUGCGGUCCAUCGAUGUGUUGGGCGGACGGAUGCAGGAUCUCGAAGCUCUUACCGAAAAGCUUGGACUUGGUCAGAAUGUUCCGGACGCAGGUGAGCACGCGCUGAGAAAUAUAGACGUCUGUUCCCAACGCUGAUUCAGGCACACUCCAUGAUCGCAAUAGUCGAGGACAUUGUCACGCGAACAGUUGUUGAGCUUCGGAAGAACGCGUUUGGGGAUGACUUGGAAGAUGCCAAGUCUUUGCCCUGGAAGCGAGGUCAAGCAUGGACCAUCGUUGAGCAGCUCUCUAAGGGAGACGAGGUGAGUCGAUUACAUCGGCAUCUUGGUAUCGCCAUGACUCUUUCGCUCACCAGCUCCUCGAUGCUCCAGCUUGCAUAUUACGGUCUCUUGCAUGACGCUUUCAAGGGCGACGAGGCUGCUGUCAAGGCUCUGGAGCAAGCUGAGAUCAUCUCUGUCAAGCAUGCGGACGGUAGACCAUCAAGUAUUCGAGCAGGCAGGCCGGUGUUGCGAGAGGCUAUGCGUAGGCUCGUCUCAGAGGAAGUCUUUGCGAACACCCAGCGAUUGCUCAGCGCCAACGAAGGCAUUGAAAGGUGAGUGCCUGUAGCUGCGGAGCUCGCUUGAGCUUACGCUGCCAGCCAUCUCACGCCUAUUUUUGCUUUGCAACAAACAGCACUGAGAAGCUAGUUCGCGACGUCGAGAAGGAGUUGACCGAACUGUCGGCGCUAGGCAGCGCCGGAAGUGGCGCGACGAGGAGGAGGAUGGAGUACUUGCUGACGAAGCUGAACGUGCACCAAACAAAGAUUGACACGCUCGACGCUUUGGCAGAAAGUCUCAAAAAGCAACUGAAUCAGACCACGGGCUGA